AUGCUCGGCCUUCUUCCAUUGGAGCUCGACACCGGACCCUGGACCAAGAAGUCGUCAACGCUGUGCUCUCUGCUGCUGCUGCUCACCAUCGCCGCACUUGCAGUUCUCGGACAGGUCAACAGCGAAAAAGUCGGACUCGGCAAGCACAUAAAGAAUCGAGAAAAUGUGACGCUCACCGCCAACACCGUAACUUCCGACAAGGCGGGCAUCGACCUUGCUAGUUAUAACUUCAAGGAGCUGUAUCCGGACGCCUGCGAUGUUACAAUCAAAGACGGCUUCAUGUGA